GUGUUAAGCCGUUCUGAUGGGUGACGAAGAUCCAGCUGCGACGCAAAACUGGCAAGUAGAAGUGAAGUGCAUCACAUUUUUUUGAGUCACUCAUACAUCUGUGGUUUCACACUUAUAAACGGGAGGAGAAACUGAUGAAGUGUUGCCGUAAGGACAAUGACUCUGUUGGAACAGCAGACAUGAGGAAACUUGUUGUCUUUGUGAGAACCCCUUUCCAGAGGUGACCGGAGUAAAUAAGUCAUCUAAAACUACAACAACAUAAGAAACUACAAGGUCAGCACAGCAGACACGCCCCCCUUCUCUUAAGAGUGACUCUACUGCUCUGAAUGGGACACAUCGUUCAUGAUGAUGGAAUGAUGUUCCCCAGUUUGUCCCUCAGUCAGUGUAGCUACUAGCGUGGAGGAGGAUUCUCACGGCAUGUCCUUUGCUCAGGACCCUCGUUGUUUAUAUAGGUCUUAGUAAUGGAGGAAGAAGAUGAAUGUCCUGAGUUAGUGCCCAUAAAGGAGAAGAAUAUCGGACCCACAGCUCAGAUUCCUGUUACGAUCAUCACUGGAUACUUGGGUGCUGGGAAGACCACGCUUUUAAACUACAUAUUAACAGAGCAGCAUAAUAAACGCAUAGCUGUUAUACUCAAUGAAUUUGGUGAAGGCAGUGCUUUGGAGAAAUCUCUAGCUGUGAGUCAAGCAGGAGAGCUUUAUGAAGAGUGGCUGGAGCUGAGAAACGGCUGCCUCUGCUGCUCCGUAAAAGACAAUGGGUUAAAAGCCAUUGAAAAUCUAAUGGAGAAGAAAGGAAAGUUUGACUACAUACUUCUAGAGACCACUGGUUUGGCAGAUCCAGGAGCUGUUGCGUCCAUGUUCUGGGUUGAUGCUGAAUUAGGGAGUGAUGUUUACCUUGAUGGUAUUGUUACUGUCAUCGAUGCUAAAUAUGGAAUGCAGCACAUAACAGAGGAGAAGCCAGAGGGUCUUGUCAAUGAGGCUGCCAGGCAGAUAGCUCUUGCUGAUCUGACCAUCAUCAAUAAGACAGAUCUGGUGAAUGACACUGAGCUAGGACAGCUCAGAGAUGCAGUGAGAUCAAUAAAUGGUCUUGUAAAAAUUUUGGAGACACAGAAAUCAAGAGUUGAUCUGUCUCGAGUAUUAGAUUUGCAUUCUUUUGAUAACAAAGAUGGAGUACGGUUAGCUGAAAAGAUGCAGCUGGUGAGAAGUAAUCAUGCACAUCUAGACAAGACUAUGCUGACGGUAACCUUUGAAGUACCAGGCAGUCUUUCAGAAGAACUAUUAAAUAUAUUUAUUCAGAACCUCCUGUGGGAGAAGUCCAUUGCGAAUAAAGCAGGAUUGCCAAUGACGGUUAUUCGGUUAAAGGGGAUCAUCUCCUUCCAGCAGAAACAGAAGAAGGUGAUGUUGCAGGGAGUCCAUGAGCUUUAUGAGCUGGAUGACACUCCAGAAUUAUGGGCAGAUCAUGAGCCAAGAAUCAACAGACUCAUCUUCAUAGGUCGAAACCUUGAUGGGGAGAUUCUGAAGAAAGAGUUCAUCUCUGCUGUUUCAAAUAAUCAAAGCAUGGAGUAGAUGAAACCCAAAAAAUCUACAAUCGUACAGUCCAGGUAUAGAAAUAAUAUAACACUGCAAUCUGGAUCUCAGGUGUUUGGUGCAUUCAUGGACCUGGGUUGCAGGCCUGCAACAUCUUAACUGGUGACGAACAUAGCUGUAGUAGAUUUUAAAUAAAAAAAAGUUAUAGAAGACUGACACAUGGUUCUUCUCAGUGUAAACAUGAAAGUCAUUCGUGCAUUUGAUUAAACCAGUAAGACUAAAAUUCACGUCGGCAGCACAAGUUGUCAUUUUUGUAACAAAACUUUUGUCACAUUUCCAAUGUUCAUUUUUUAUUUAUUUUGGAAAUACAGAAACUGUUUGUAUUCCAAGAAUUUGUCAUUAUUUACACAAUGUAUUUGUGCUACGAAUCAGCCUAGAGUCAUGGCUGUAAAUGUUCACAUUGUAAAGUGAAAACCGAAGUACCAGUUAAAUAAAUUUAGUCUUGAUUUAUUAUUCUGCCAACUUUUCUGACGUGUUAAAUGUCCUGUCUUCCUUACAAUGUGAAAGGCGUCCUGUUACUACAAACAGCCAUUUAACACCCUCUGUCUUGCUGUUGCAAGAUGAAAAUGUGGCAAUUUAACAAGCAUUGUGAAGUUU